AUGCUCUUCGGCGAGGAUGUCGCCUUCGGUGGUGUCUUUCGCUGCUCUAUGGACCUUCAGACCGAGUUCGGAUCCGAACGUGUGUUUAAUACCCCUCUGACAGAGCAAGGCAUUGUUGGGUUUGCCAUUGGUGCUGCCGCAGAGGGAAUGAAGCCCGUCGCCGAGAUCCAAUUCGCCGAUUACGUCUUCCCCGCAUUCGACCAGAUUGUGAACGAAGCAACAAAGUUCCGGUAUCGCGAGGGAACGACCGGUGCCAAUGCGGGCGGACUAGUGAUACGAAUGCCUUGCGGCGCAGUAGGACACGGAGCGUUGUACCAUACACAAUCUCCCGAAGCCUUAUUCGCCCAUGUUCCCGGUGUCCGCGUUGUCAUGCCACGAUCCCCGGCACAGGCAAAAGGCUUGCUACUGGCGUCUAUUUUCGAACACAAUGAUCCGGUGAUCUUCAUGGAGCCUAAGAUCCUGUACCGUGCGGCUGUCGAGCACGUCCCCAACGAGUAUUACACUAUCCCCCUGAGUAAGGCCGAAGUCCUGAAGCCAGGGAAUGAUGUGACAAUCAUCUCCUACGGUCAACCGUUGUAUCUCUGCUCGUCGGCUAUUGCCGCCGCGGAGAAAGACUUUGGCGCAAGCGUAGAGCUCAUCGAUCUGCGCACGAUAUAUCCUUGGGAUCGACAGACGGUGUUGGAUAGCGUGAAGAAGACUGGUCGGGCUAUUGUCGUGCAUGAGAGUAUGAUCAACUAUGGCGUUGGUGCGGAGGUCGCCGCGACGAUCCAGGACCAGGCGUUCUUGCGAUUGGAAGCCCCGGUGCGGAGAGUAGCUGGCUGGACGACGCAUACGGGUUUGGCAUAUGAGAAGUUUAUUAUGCCGGAUGUGACGAGAAUCUACGAUGCUAUCAAGCAGACGCUGCAGUAUUGA